AUGGUUGAGGCAGAGGCGCAGAAGGAAUCAGAGGCAGCGGCACAGCAGAAGGAGGAGGGUGCGGCGCCGAAGAUGGUUGAGGCAGAGGCGCACAAGGAAUCAGAGGCAGCGGCGCAGCAGAAGGAGGAGGGUGCGGCGCCGAAGAUGGUUGAGGCAGAGGCGCACAAGGAAUCAGAGGCAGCGGCGCAGCAGAAGGAGGAGGGUGCGGCGCCGAAGAUGGUUGAGGCAGAGGCGCACAAGGAAUCAGAGGCAGCGGCGCAGCAGAAGGAGGAGGGUGCGGCGCCAAAGAUGGUUGAGGCAGAGGCGCACAAGGAAUCAGAGGCAGCGGCGCAGCAGAAGGAGGAGGGUGCGGCGCCGAAGAUGUUUGAGGCAGAGGCGCACAAGGAAUCAGAAGCAGCGGCGCAGCAAAAAGAGGAGGGUGCGGCGCCGAAGAUGGUUGAGGCAGAGGCGCACAAGGAAUCAGAGGCAGCGGCGCAGCAGAAGGAGGAGGGUGCAGCGCCAAAGAUGGUUGAGGCAGAGGCACACAAGGAAUCAGAGGCAGCAGCGAGGCAGAAGGAUAAGGCAGCGGCACUGCAUAUGGAGGAGGCAGACGCACAUAAGGAAGGAGAGGCGCAGAAUAAGGCAGAAGCAGCGGCGCAGCAGAAGGCGGAGGCAGAGGAGCAGAAACAGGCUGCGGAAGAGGCGCUACAACUGGCUCGAGCAGAAGCGCAGAAGAAGGCUGUUGUAGAGGCGCGGCAGAAGGCGGAGGGUGAGGCGCAGAAGAUGGCAGAGGCCGAGGAGCAGAAGCAGGCUGAGGCAGACGCACGUAGGAAGCCAGAUGGAGAGGAUGGUUCAGAUGGGAAUAAAUUUAUACACACAGAGGGACGGGAGACGGCGGGUGCUGAGGGGCACAUCAUCGCAGAGGAAGAGGGGCAGCAUGACGAGGAGGUAGCGUCGCAGGUAUUCGCAUACCAAGAGACGCAGAGCAUGGCAGAGACAGAGUGUCAAAAUACUAUGGAGGAGGUUUGUGUGGUCCCGGAGGCUGGAGUGGGGCACUACGAGGGAGAUGUGCUGGAAACAGAAGAGGAGCAGAAUGAGGAGGAUACGGUUCGCCAGUCGGGAGGGGGGAUGGCGGAGGGCACGUUAAAGGGGGUGGAAGAGAGGUUGAGAGAGGUUCUGAGAGAAGACUUUGAGCGGCGGAACAGGGAUAGACUGCAGGACGAGGAGCGGAGGCAGAAGGCCACGAGGAAGGAAGCAGACGCCGCAGAGAGACGGAAGAAGGAACAACAGCAUGAGGAAGAGCGUCGGCAGAAGGAGAUGAGAGAGGGAAUGAAGGAGAUGAAGGAGGCGAUGAUGAAGGAGAUGAAGGCAGAAAUGAAGGAGAUGAAGGAUGGGAUGGUAAACCAGAUUGUGGGGAGGUUGAGCGCGGUUUUGCGAGAAGAAUCCGAGCGGCAGAAGAAGGCGAGGCAAGAGGACGCGGAGCGGUGA